AUGGAGACCGUUAGCAGCUCAUCUCUUCGAAGUAUCAUUGAUGAUGCCCUCGGUCAAGGAAACGCCAAACCGAUCAAGCAAGAAGACUUGGCCAAAUUGUUUGAAUCAUUGAACAAGAUCGAUACCACAAAUACCCAGGAUAAGCAAGACAUCAAGGAUUUGGCGGCUAUGCUCGAGGCAACCAAGCAGGAAGAUGGUAGUGUGGAUGAGGAGUUGGUUCGAAACAUCUUGGGAUCGUUCUUGUCAGACAGUCAGCAUGUAAAAGAGUUGUCAGAGACCAUUGGUGACUUUGAGAUCCGGUUUUAA